AUGGCUUCCACAGCGACAUCAAGACCGCCCAACAAUGCUGCUGGCAGCAACGCCGCCGCUUCAUCUUCCAACUCCUCCGCACCCUCCACAUCCAAACCCACAUCCACCGCAUCGACCUCCCCAUCAGCACAGCAACCGCAAGUGUCUCUGCUCGGAACGCUACCAAUACACCUCGUACCAGCCCUGCUCCGGCGGAUCGAGUCAAAUCUGGUCACCCUGCCGCCGACACUACUGUGCGAGAAGGAGACGGUGCUUGCGCGGCACGACGACGAGACGUCUGCGGUGAGGGAGACGGGCGACAAUGCGUGGGCGAGUGUGGUCAAGGCGAGGAAGGGAGUCAAGUUGAGAGUCAGGGAAGCGGUGAAGCGCAGCAAUGAUGGAAAGGAUGGUGUGGUGGGUGGAAGCGAGUCGGUCGAGUGCACGCUGUGUCUUCCGCUACCGAGCUUGCCGGAACGUCAGUACCCAAAGGCGUCGGUUAGGCCGAGUUACAACGUCGAGCUUCUGUCAGAUACCGCCGUCGCUCCGGGUCAAAACAUCGGAAGAGACGAUCCUUUCAGAAGCACAGUAGAAGAUACACUGCUCGGCUUCGACCCAGCUACGUACCUCAACACAGACAUAGUCAAUGGCUGGAAAAGCUUCGUCUCGUCCAUCGGAUGGAGACCGCACUUUGCAUUCCUACGCUAUGGUCUGUCCUUUGCGCUCAACGAGAUCCUCUCACGAAGUUCCUCCACCGCAAGACCCACGCUGUUGAACCCCUCGCACGGUACAAAGCACACGCUCAACGUGUAUCGCAUAUUUACGCCGGACCCGAGCGGUUACACGGACGAGUGGACACCGCUCGACCCAGAAGGCGCAACGGUGGUGGUCGAGUUGACUGCUACCGUCGGAGGAGAGCUGGAUCAGAGUCUGUUCAACCGGUAUUGCUCGCCCGCCGAGGUUGGCGCGGCGACACAGGCCGAUGGAGGCCUGGAUCCCCCUUCGACGAUAGAGAAUGCGGUCGAUUUCGCCGAUUCGGCCGCGAGGUCGUUGAGAGGGUUAGUCGAUCUCAAGAGGGAAGCGUAUGAUUAA